GCCGUGCCACUUCCAUCACUAGCAACCUGCACUUCCCUCUCGUCUCCCACACUCACGCUCACACUCCCGGCUCACACUCAGCCAAACCGGCGGGCAGAGAAAGUUGGCAAUGGCGCCACGGGCUGCCACCGUCCUGCUCUGCACCGCGCUAAUCUGCCUCUCGGCGACGCACUCCCUCGCGCAGGCGCCCGCCCCGGCCGGCAACGCCCCGCCCAAGUCGCCCAACGCGACGCCGGCCCCCGCGGCGGCCGCGGCCACGCCCACUGCCUCCCCCGCCCCGCCCGCCGCCGACGCGUCCGCGCCACCCACUACCACCCCGUCUGCACCCGCGCCCAAGUCUUCCCAGGCCACCCCCGCGCCGACCACCACUCCCGCCACACCGGCGCCGGUGAAGGCCCCGGCCGCUCCCGCGCCGACCAACACUCCCGCCACACAGGCGCCGGUCAAGGCCCCGGCCGCCCCCGCGCCGACCAACACUCCCGCCACGCAGGCUCCGGUCAAGGCCCCGGCCACUCCCGCGCCGACCGCCACUCCCACUCCCACCACGCCGGCACCAGUGAAGGCCCCAGCCACCCCCGCGCCGACCGCCACUCCCACCACGCCGGCGCCAGUCAAGGCCCCGGCUACUCCAGCGCCGACCACCACUCCCACAACACAGGCACCGGUGAAGGCCCCGGCCGCUCCCGCGCCGACCACCACCCCCGCCGCACCAGCGCCGGUCCUCAAGGCACCCGCCACCCCGGCUCCCGCUGCCGCGCCGCCCACCACUCCAGUAGCCACCACCGCGCCGGUCAAGGCCCCAGCCACCCCUGCGCCCGCGGCCGCGCCGAUCACCGCUCCAGUCACUCCCGCCCCCGUCACUGCCCCCGCCGCGGCUCCUCCCACUCCCAAGCCCAAGGCCAAAGCCCCCGCGGCCGCACCACCCGCCAAGGCCACCGCCCCCGCUCCAGCAGCGCUCCCUCCCACCGUCGAGGCACCCGCAGCCGCCGCGCCAACACUCAUCCCCGAGGUGCCUUCCGCCGCGCCAGCCCCAUUGACCAAGCCCACCGACGCCCCCGCGCCGGCGCCGUCCAAGAAGAAGCGCUCGUCCAAGAAGAAGACGAAGGCGCCCGCGCCCGCCCCGGUCGCCGCGGCCCCCGUGAAAGCCAAGGCCGUGGCGCCUACCACCGCCGAGGCCGCCGCGGCUCCCGGGCCCAGCGGCGACUCCACCGCCGCCGACACCGCGAGUGCCCCGGCGAGGAGCACCGGGAUGGCGGCCGCCGUGAUCGUGGCGGCGCUCGGCGCGGCGGCGAUGCUCACCUAGACCGACGGUCCCCGUCGAUCGGGCCGUGAUGAUGCGCGCGUCGGCCAUGUCACCCUUUUUCUCUUUUCGUUUUGUGUAUGUAAUUAUUUACGAGGGGUGAUGUGUUUGGGUCCUUUUCUUUCCUGCGUGCAGUAGAGCUCACAUUGUCGGGAUUCUUUUCCUUUGCUUUGUGUUGAGAGAGACGGGAGAGAGGUCAGAGUGUCACGGAUGAUAUGUACGAGAGACAGACGAGAGGGAGAGGGGACGCUGCCUGUGUAUUAUUGUUAAUUUUAUUCACAUUUAUAACGUAUUUAUAUCACAGUUACCAUUACGUUUU